AUGCUGGAAGCUGCAGUGGAGAGUACUGUACACAAUGGAGGAUUUUCUUCACUCUCUUCACAGUUUCAGAGCUGUGGUGAGAGCAGUGAGGAGGAGCUUUCUGUGCUGCCACGCCAUACUAAGGUGGUGGUGACUGGAAAUAACCGCACCAAGUCUGUGUUAGUGGGGCUUCAAGGUGUGGUGAAGAAAGCUGUUGGGCUUGGUGGAUGGCAUUGGCUGGUUCUUACCAACGGCAUAGAGGUAAAACUACAAAGGAACGCAUUAAGUGUAAUUGAAGCUCCUACUGGGAACGAGGAGGAUGAUGACAUUGAAUUUGAAAAUGUGCAGUGGAAUUGCUCUGAUAUGGCAAGCUCUGCUGUUGCAUUACUUUAUUCUUGUUCUUUAGGCCCACCAGAAAAUGUAAUUUGUGCUGUGUAUUCUGUUUUUCUAGCAUCCGAUGAAACUCAAAAGUCUCAUAGAUCAAGGCAUCGAAUGCACAGGCCGAAUGGGUCCUCUCACAAGACUCUUAGACGCUCUCUCUCCAGUGACUCGCAUUCUGUUUCUACUCCAAGGGGGUCCACGAAAAUUGACCUUGGCAAACUUGAGAUUGCUGCAUUGUGGAGAUAUUUGCGGCACUUUAACCUUGUGGAUGCCAUUCCUAACCCGUCCAAGGAGCAACUCAUAGAUGUUGUUCAGAGGCAUUUCCUAUCUCAGCAAUUGGAUGAGUUGCAAGUCAUUGCCGGGUUUGUACAGUCUGCAAAGAGACUGAAAACUGUUUGCAAAUGA